AUGUUCAACUCUUUUAGCAAAUUGCCAAUAAAAAAUGAAUCUAUGAUUAUUUUGGCUGCAAGGAAUUUUUUAAAGCCUUGGCAGGUGAAAUCUAUAGUAAUAAUUCAGUCUUUUCAAUUACAGCUUAUAUUUUUAAUUACAAGACUUCUAUUCAAAAUCAAGGACUUUUUAGCCACCUAUACCACUGAUUACGCAAUAGAUAACUUAUAA